AUGAAGGUCCUAAUUGUCGGCGCCAGUGGCAUGAUUGGAGGCGAAGCCCUGCUUCAAUGCCUCGCCAACCCUCAGGUUUCGAGUGUCGUCGCUUUUGUUCGCCGAGAACUUCCCUCCGACGUAUCAAAUAACCCAAAACUCAAAUCCGUGAUAGUCAAGGAUUUUUCAAAAUGGCCGGAAGACCUAUUGCUUGCCCACGCGGACGCCGUUGGCAUGAUUUGGGCCAUGGGAUCAUAUCGCGGUGAUGUUAAAGCCGACUUGGAGUACCCAUUUGCGUUCCAAGAAGCCAUGGUGCGAGUAUUGAAGCCCACCGGUCGUCAGUUUAACUACGUACAACUGAGUGGCAAGUUUGUCCGUCAAGACCAAGACACAAAACUAUGGUGGGGAAAUGAGCCGCGAAAGAUCAAGGGACAGCUUGAAACCAAAACUCUUGAACUUGCCAAGACCCAUCCCGAUGUAUGGAAGGCUUUUGUUCUCAAGCCCGGAGGUGUAGUACCCAAGACCAUGUUUGGCAGCGGAUUUCUCGGUAUUGUGACAUCUACGGGGAGAGUUAUGGGUGAGAAUUGGUCCGUCCACAUUGAAGAGUUGGGCGCUUUCAUGAUGUAUCUUGCACUUGAUGGCCAGGGAGAAGAGCCGCUGCUGCUCAACGCUCGAAUCGUGAGACGAGGGAGAGAGCUGUUGGAACUACAGAAGAAGACCGAGUCGUCUGCGAACUAG